AUGGCGCCCUCAGUCCUGCAGAAUGGUGGAUUCGUUUUGGGUUUGAUUGGUGCAGCAGCCCUCAUCGCUGCUACUGCCAUGAACAAAUGGGCCGUCAAAGACAGGCAGGGGGAUGUGGUGACGUCCGUUUAUACCUACAAGGGUCUGUGGCAGGACUGUGAGACCGCUUCGUCUGGAUUCACUGAGUGUCGCCCGCUCUAUGGCCUCCUGGGCUUUUCAGGUGCCUUCCAGGCGGUGCGAGCCCUGAUGAUAGUGGGUGUGGUGCUGAGUGUGCUCGGGUCGGUGGUAUCAAUUUUCUCCCUUAAAUGCCUCUCGAUGAACAGCAUGGAGGACACAACCAAGGCCAAGAUGAGCCUCACCGCUGGCAUCAUGUUCAUCAUCGCUGGUGUGUGUGGCAUUGCAGGAGCUUCCAUCUACGCCAAUCAGAUUGUGUCCACUUUCAGGAUGUCGAGCUACAAUAACUAUGGAGGAGGAAUGCAGGGCGGGAUGGGGAUGGGUGGAGGAAUGGGAGGAAUGGGAGGAGGGAUGGGAGGAAUGCCAACAUACACAUUUGGCCCUGCGCUGUUCGUUGGCUGGAUAGGGGGUGGCGUCCUGCUUAUUGGCGGCAUCCUGAAAUCUCUGGCUUUCAGGGAAUUGGCGAAAGAUGACAAACCAAGCUACCCCGGAGUUGUUUACAAACCUCAGUCCCACACCAAAACCGAGCAAGAUGAUCAUCAUUCAGAGGGCGGCAGGAAAGCACACAAUUACGUGUAACUUUAACCA